AUGGGAGACAAAGUCUACACCUUGGCCAUCCUCCUGGCCAUCCUCUUCCUGGCCAGCCAGGUUAUCAGUUACAUCAACGAGGCGCGCUUCAAGAGGAAACAUGGCUGCAAACCCGAAACCAGAAUCCCCCAAUUGGAAAGAAUCAUCGGCUACGACAUCUACAAAAUCCAGGCCGAGGUAUCGAGAAGCAGGAAGAGUCUUGAGACGACAAAAUGGCGCUAUGAUACCUAUGGCUCUACAUGGUCUGCUGUUGUAGCCGGAAGACGAUUCAUCAAUACCAUCGAGACGGAGAAUAUCAAGACCGUUCUGUCCGUCAACUUCAAGGAGUAUGGCCUAGGAGCAAGACAGAUCGCUUGGGGCCCCUUGUUAGGAGCAGGCAUCUUCACUACAGAUGGGGCGCAAUGGGAACAUUCAAGAUCUCUCGUCAGGCCAAACUUUACUAAGUCUCAAGUGGCCGAUCUCAACACAUUCGAGACGCAUAUCCAAAAACUCAUUACCAAGAUCCCUACAGAUGGCUCUACCGUGGAUCUCCAAACGCUCUUCUUCCAACUGACGCUAGACUCGGCGACCCAGUUUCUGUUCGGCGAAUCCGUAUCCUCACUAAGCAGCACCGAAGGAUCAGCCCAAGAACAGUUUGGCACGAUGUUUGACCUGGCUCAGAACCGAUUGGCUAGGCGAUCUCGUCUCGCCAAGCUCGUGUGGUUGUUCAAAGACAAGGAUUUUGACGUCGCCUGCGAGGUUGUCCACGAGUUUGUGGAUAAUAUCAUCAACAAGGCUCUGGAAAAAGCGGAUCCUGUUGAUGCCGAAAAAUCAAUCGAUGGUACCGGAGAGCCAGAGCGAUACGUCUUCCUGACUGAAAUGUUGAAAGCAACACGGGACCCAAAGCAGCUUCGUGACGAGCUCUUGAAUGUCCUCCUGGCGGGCCGGGACACGACUGCCAGUCUACUCAGCCAUACAUUCCAUGUCCUAGCCCGACGGCCCGACAUCUGGAACAAACUCAAGGCCGAAAUCGACGAGCUUCAAGGCCAGAAACCAGAUUAUGAUACCUUAAGAGACCUAAAAUACCUAAAAUAUCUCCUCAACGAAUCUCCAGCUCUCCGCCUCUAUCCCGUCGUCCCCGCCAACGGCCGCUUCGCACUAAACGACACGGUCCUGCCUCUCGGCGGGGGCCCCAACGGCUUAUCCCCCGUCUUCGUCCCCAAAGGCACGCUGGUCGCAUACUCAACAUACGUCAUGCACCGGCGCAAAGACGUGUACGGGGCCGAUGCCGAAGAAUUCCGUCCAGAGAGAUGGGCGCCUGAAGAGGGCCUCCGACCAGGCUGGGCAUAUCUGCCUUUCAACGGCGGUCCUCGCAUCUGCGUCGGCCAGCAGUUUGCGCUCACCGAGGCCGCGUAUACAAUUGUGAGGAUGGUGCAGCAGUUCGCUGGAAUGGAGAAUAGAGAUCCAACGCAGUGGGUCGAGGGACUGGCACUGACGCUGUCGUCGGGUAAUGGCGUCAAAGUAGCUAUGGUCCCGAGGUAA